AUGGAUGAGUCAACAGAGGUUCGAACAGAUGGCAAUUCCCUGUUGAAGGCUGUAUAUUUAUGUCGGCUACGUCUGACUCGGCUGCUUCUGGAAGGAGGAGCCUACAUUAAUGAGAGUAAUGAGCAUGGUGAGACACCACUCAUGGUAGCCUGCAAGACACGCUAUACAGAUUCACAGAGUGUACCCCAGCACAAGAUGGUUCGGUAUCUUCUUGAAAAUGGUGCCGAUCCAAACAUCCAAGACAAGACUGGGAAAACGGCUCUAAUGCAUGCAUGUCUUCAACAAAUGGGGGCUGAAAUUCUGUCACUUCUUCUUAGCAGCGGAGCUGAUCCAACCCUGGAGGAUCAUGCAGGUUUAUCUGCAUUAGUUUAUGCAGUUAAUUCUGGUAACAGGGACAUUCUCAGUGUACUCUUAGAUGCCUGUAAAGCCAAGGGUAAGGAAGUUAUCAUCAUCACCACCAACAAACUGCCCUCUGGCCAUCAGGUGACAAAGCAGUACCUUAAUGUUCCUCCAUCUCCUGAACUUGAAGAGAAUCUGCAUUACAUACCAGCAUCUUGCUGCAUGUCGCCAUAUGAGGUCCAGCUACGAACUCCUCCUCAGGGCUCUUCAGCAACAACCUCUCCUCAACCUGGCAGCCCCCUUCGUGGCCUCAAGGAUCCCCAGUGUUUAAGCUUAGGGCAUGGCCUGAUCAGAUUUCAACCAUGUUCACCAAUCCAACAUCUAAGUCCUCUACGCGUUCCCGAUGUGGAUAAGCGACCUAACUUCCAUCAGCUACACUCAGAAGCCUGGUCCAAAAGUCCUUCCCUGUUACUCCAGCAGAGUCAGACAUCCUCUCUGACUGAGGAACCAGUGGAAAUUACUCCUGAGGAGGUGCUGUCUUUCAGAGUCAAAGGACAUCCUCCUGCUAUUUCACGGCACCAGAGCAUUGAUGUCAAAGAUGCAAAAGGACUUGUGAAAGCAUUAGAGAUCUUAUCGGGAAAUGACAACAGGGGAGGUGGUGGAAGAAAAGGCUUUGGCAGAAAGAUGUCAUAUGACAGUGCUGCAAGUUCAUUAUAUUCUGUUUCACACCCAAAUUUGCUUCAAGACAGUCUUGCCUUUUCCCAUGAAUCCAGACCUGCAGAUGAAGACUGUCUUACACAGCUGAAUGUUUCCAGUCUGCAAAAUGUGGUGCGUCGGCGGAACAUCGGUAUUGGCCACUACAGUUCUGACUCUCAGUUGCAGCAACUCAGCAGCAGAGACAGAACCUCAAAGAGCAGUGGUGGUGCUGGAUCGGCAGUGGAAAGACACAAGCUGGUCACCAGCAGAGCCUCCAAUCUGUCAGGAUCCAGGGAGUCCUUGGAGAGCUUGGUCCAGAGGCGAGCCACUAUAGGGCUGGAGCGAAGAGGCUCAGGAGCUCUUCUUCUGGAUCACAUUGCCCACACACGCCCCGGAUACCUGCCUCGUUUGAAUCCUCACAUUCCCAUACCAGAUAUUGGGGUUAGCUCUAACUCUUCUUGCCCUUUGAGUGGAAGUACCAAGACACUGAACAGUGUUCUUAUAGGCUCAAAACCUGUAUUGCCCUGUGCACCUGUUUUCCCCAAGGAUCUGAAAGCUAAGAAAAUGUUGUGGAGGCGUCACUCAAUGCAGAGUGACCAAAUAAAACAACUUGCCAACUUUGAGAAAACUUUUGGGCACUAG